GCUCCUCCUGAGCCAAACCAAUCAUAUUGUCUCCAUCAGACUGAGGGCUCAACGACUAAGAGUGAUUAGCAGACUCGGAGAGACAAUCACAGCGACUCUAACAUCUUGACGACCAAUCAGCCAACUGAGGAGGGUAUAGAAGGACUAUAACUGCCUGAUUAUCCAGUCACCCUGUCCCCUCUACAGCCCCUUUAGCUGCCUCUAGCCCCCCAUCAACUCCCAGGCUCUACCAUUAAGCUCCCUCUAACAGCCCCCAAAACGCUUCUUCCACCAUGACCAAUAACAGUAGCUCCUCUGGCGUCUGGGAGAACUCUGAUUGGUCAGAGUCAGCCCAGUGUCCACCCUCGGUGAGUGGAGCCACCUUCCUCAUCGUGGCCUACAGCACGGUGAUCGCAGUAGGGUUGCUAGGCAAUGUGGGCCUGGUUUUCAUCAUCGGGCGGCAGAAGGAACUGCAUAAUGUCACCAACAUUCUAAUCGCCAACUUGUCCUGCUCCGACAUCUUGAUGUGUGUGGUGUGUUUACCUGUCACCGUCAUCUACACUCUGAUGGACCGCUGGGUACUGGGGGAGGCACUCUGCAAGGUCACUCCGUUUGUACAGUGUGUGUCAGUGACGGUGUCUAUUUUCUCCCUGGUGUUGAUUGCGUUGGAGCGCCAUCAGUUGAUCCUGCACCCUACUGGCUGGUCCCCAGCAGCAGGCCACUCCUACCUGGCCGUAGGUCUCACCUGGUUGGUCGCCUGCUUCAUAUCACUCCCGUUCCUGUCCUACAACAUUCUGACCGACAACCCCUUCCAGAACCUCACCCUGCCUGCCAACCCCUUCAGAGACCAUGUGAUCUGUUUGGAGAAAUGGCCGACUGAAAGACACCGUCUGGCCUACACCACCUCCCUGCUGCUGUUCCAGUACUGCCUCCCUCUGUUACUAGUGCUGCUCUGCUACCUCCGCAUAUUCCUACGCCUACGUCGACGCAGGGACGUGGUGGAGCGGAGCCGGAAGGCCCGAGGAGCCCAGAGGAUCAAUGCUAUGUUGGCGGCCAUCGUUGCCGCCUUCGCCCUCUGCUGGCUGCCGCUCAACGUGUUCAACACGAUAUUCGACUGGGACCACCAGGCGCUGCCCGCCUGCCAGCAUGAUGCUGUGUUCUCCGCCUGCCACCUCACCGCCAUGGCCUCUACAUGUGUCAACCCUGUGGUGUACGGUUUCCUGAACAGUAACUUCCAGAGGGAGUUGAAGGCCCAGCUGCAGCGCUGCCACUGUGGAUUGGGGGCGCCAGAGAGCUACGAGAAUUUCCCGCUCUCCACCGUUGGCAGCGAGGGGAUCACCAAGAUGUCGAUGCUGAACCGGGCAGGGUCAAUGAGCAUCGCUCCACCGCCACGGACUGAGCCCAGUGUUAACAUAUGCAGCUAACAGCUAGCCGACAGAGCUAGGGGCUAAUGCUAAUGGCUAAGAGCUAAUGGACAUUGUGUAAUGUGUACAGCUGUCAGACACGAUGUAAACAACAAGGGUAAAGUUCAUAUCAAGCAAGCAGCUAACAGACAGAACGCCCCAAUGGACAGAACUAAUAGAGAGCCGCUAACGCUAAUAGAGAGAGAAAGUGGAACUAAGCAGCUGGACUGACUGUCAAAGACAGAGCUGGUUGGCCCCAGUCUCAGAGAUCGGUCGAUUUCUGAAUUCCUACAAAGCAUCGCAGGCCCUACAGAGUAUACAGAAUGCACUUCGCUAAAAGCAAACAAACAGAUCUAUACAGCUAAUCGACAGAGCAGCUCAUGGACAGAUUGCACACAUGCAGCUACGCUAGGUAGCAAACAUCUGGAGAGACUGCAGCAGAGAGACUGACAGAACCAGGGACUCGUGGGCUCUGUUUCAAUGGUGAUGAUGUAUUUCUGAGCUCAUUCAGCUUGUCCCCAGAAAAACUGCCUUCACCAGAUAUUGACAUCAUCCUGGGGUGUUAAGCUGUUAAGCCAGGCAGAAAGAUGGACAGACUGUCAGUCAGACAGUCAAUUCUGAAGUCAGGGAUGCCUUGAGAUCAAAUCAAAAUCAAAUCAAAUUUGAUUGACCACAUACUCAUAUUUUGCAGAUGUUAUCACAGUUGCAGCGAAAUGCUUAUAUUUGGUACUCCAUCAGUGCAGUAAUACCUAACAAUGCAAAACAAAAGACACAAAUCCCUUAAAAUGAAUAAAGAGAAAAAUGUAGAAAUAUCAGAGCCAUGGUCAACGAUCAGAAUGUACAUACAUUGCCGUUCAAAGGUUUUAGAACACCUACUCAUUCAAGGCUUUUUCUUUAUUUUUACAAUUUUCUACAU